UUGGGCCACGGUAUAACGGCUCAGGCAAACGAUGGCUGCCCGGUUUGAUCAUAUGUGAGGUUUGUGUAGGCCAUCGGCCAUUUUUAACGAUAUAUGUCUCUCCAUCCUUCUAUAACUGAUUCUAACUAGAGCUUGCUUCACAAUAUAUAUAUAUAUACAUAUACAUACACACUAUAGCUCGGCAGACUUUUUUGUAUAGUUAAUCAGCUGCUCAACAAAAAUAGCCAUUAGAGCUGUUAAUAAGCUCGGUUUUUAGUAAGCACUAUUUUUAUAGUUUGAUGUCAGUUAAGCACUAUUUCUAGAGCUUGUAAACAGUGGCAGACACUAUUAUUGAGAUAAAAAGUAACCGUCUUCACAUCGGGGUAGAAGUAAAAGGGGAAGGGUUUUAACCUUUUUGAGAAUAUCUACCCCAUACCUUUCCUCUUUGCCAAUUUCUCUUUUAAACAACAAAGAAAGAAAAAAUUAAAAAAUUAAAGCAGUAUCUCUUGAAUGGAUUACGACCACUUUUCCUUUAUACCAACUUUUCAGAUAAAGUCAUUCCUUCUUUUUACUUUACCCUGAAAUAUCAUUUUCAUUCACUCGUUCGUUCGUUUUCUUAUUAAUUUAUCGCUGCCAUUUUUAUCUCAAGGGGUCCUGACUGACUUGAGCUAUAGGCGAUAGCUACACAUCCAGAUCAUAUUUCCGUGUCAUGUUUGGACCAUUCCCCACAUUAUAAAGUUAAUGACAUUUUCUUCUUCCAUGAAUCCACUAUCCGUAUAAGACAAACGAAGAAGCUGCCUGUACCGCGUUGGUAUCUGAGCCAAUCUCUACCCGUGCUGAUGUUGAGAAUCUGCAACGUGGGGUGGAGAGGAGAGCCCUCUCUGGACUAGUUCUUCUCUUUAAGAGCCAGACACGUACUGUGAUUGGUCGGACUGACAUUUUCUUCUCUCUAUAGAAAGGCCAAGUUCUUCUGUCUUCUUCGUUCUGGGGCAGUCUCUCUUUCUCUUGUGUCUGCUGAACCCCACCCCAAUGCCUCUCUAUGACAACCCCAUUUCAGGAGCUACAGAUCCUUCCCCCAUUCAAAUCAAGCACCAUCAAACCUUAACCAGCUAUUCGAGGAAGAGUCUUUCUUCCAAAUGGGAAGAGGCAGAGAAAUGGGUGAAAACCAGCCCUCUGAAUCAUCUUCGUUCUACAGAUUCACCACAUAGCACCGAAUCAGACAAAAGAACUGGUAAGAGUCUCCCGUCGCUCGUUACGCUCCCUCAUCCAAGUCGGCCCAUGAGAAUCUCCAUACACGAUGGCCUGCCAAGGCAUUCUUUCAAAGAGAGGUUUACAGAUAUUGGUAAAGAACACUACGAUGACUUGGAAUACGUAGAAGAUGGUCGAGCGGCAACAAACAGAGAAACGCAGAGCAGACAAAGUUCUUCCCCUACUAGAGAGAACACUCCGGCUGCAGGUUCUACAGUCUUCAGCAGCAGUGGGGUGUUUGAUGGGAGCUUAUUGAAUAACUGGAACCUGAGAGAGGAAGAAAAGGAAGAAGUGGAGUGGAACAGUUUGGAAGAUGGUGUUACUGGAAUAAAGAAUUAUUUGCCAGAGGAAGAGAGCAGAAAAUGCUGCACUAGGUGUCGAAGAGAGAAUGCAAAGGUACAAGCUUGGAUAAACCUGCAGGACGCCAAGGCUGAGGCUGAGCUGAAAAAGAUGGAGCUCAAAAUAGAGAGGAUGAGAGCAAACAUGGAGGACAAGCUAAUGAAGAAGAUGGCAGCGGUUGAAAAGAAAGCAGCCAAAUGGCGAGGAGCAGCAGCUGCAAAUCACGCCCACCACAUCCCGCUGGUCUCUCAGAAAUCAGAAACGAUGAAAUCAGCAGCUGAUUUUAGCUGUUGACUCCCAGAUUGCUUUUGUUGGAACUUGAACAAAACUCUUGGAGCAAUGGUGCCGUAGUUUCUUUUAAUCA